CGUUUCCGUCACUUCCGUUUUCUUAAAGCUAUAUAACAAAAUGAAUUAGUUCAAUGUUUUGUGGCGGGAUAAGAACUUUUACAGGUAGCUUGGAAUGUCGUUUUAUUCAUCUUGGCAAGAAAGCGUUUGGGGCGAAAAUGGACUGCAGACAUUAGGCGAAGGAAGCGAAGGCGUGGCCGCCGGAGGGCGCGCGGCUCCACGUGCGAUGUUCCUUCUACAUCCCCCCCUUGUGCCCUGCUUCCGCGGCGGUGACGGCUAAGUCUGUUUCGUCCCCUAUCUGAAAGCAGGCAGAGCAUAUCUAAGCAGCUAGAUAUUGCUUGUUUGGACGAGUCCCCUGACAAGCACUUAAAGCUGCUACAGUUGUUAACUGUAUUAUAGCACAGCUUACCUUUAGGACCGAUGCUUAGGCGUAUUGAUUUUGGUAAAUUGGUGGUAAAUCUAGUACUUACUGUUUGUUUCUUUCCACAGGCACGGAAAUCGCCAAUGGUUACGUUGGACGUUUUGUGAAAGAUUUAAUUUCUGCUUUGUUCAAUGCGUAUUUUGACAACAUGCCACGAUACAAACUUGAGUGGCUUGGUUAUUGACUGAUUACAUCUUUAUGAAAAUUGCGGAUGCAUUGCUAGUUAACUGGGGGAAAGCAUUUAAAAAUCAGGAAGCCUGGUAUAGGUAUGUCACUAUCAUCAGUUCUGCGCCAUAGGGGCUUUGGCAGGCAGCCUCGUUUUCAAUUUGGUCGCCAUUCCCCAGAGCACCAGGGUAUCCCAGUAGUUUUUGCCUUUUUGUUGUGUUAUUUUUGUGUCUAUUAGGGUAACCCGUUCUGAUAACGUAAAACACACCUUCAUCCAGGGAUUUCCAUUCAAAACACGGUAAUCUGACUUUCUGAUAACUUCGAAAUUUCCUCCCGAUCUUACCGAAAAUUUCACUCAUUAAAACCUUCGUUGGGACAAUAAAGCUUUCCUGCUCCCAGCAGCACCUACGUUGCCAUGACUCAGCAGGAGCAGGCUGAGUUUGGGCAAAGCCUGGAGGCUGCCCUGUCUUGGAUGCGAGCAGCCCACGAGAGGCUGAGGGUCAAUGACAACACUCAGGGCCCCAGGGAUGCCCUGGAGGCCCGGCUCCGAGAGACAGAGGACAUCCGUGAGUCCGAGCAUGAAGGCCGGAUAAAGAUGGACAGGGUCCUGGCCGUGGCCGACGUCCUGCUGGAGAGCGGGGAUGAGGAGGUCAAGCGGGAGACACACGCCAAGCUGAAGGAGCUCAAAGCAUUCUGGGACGAGACGACCACCUACAUCACCCACUGCCACUGCCGGAUUGAGUGGGUAUGGCUGCACUGGAGCGAGUACCUCAAGGUGCACGAGGAGUUCGCGGUCUGGCUGGGUAAGAUGCGCUGCACGUUGGAGCCGCAGCUGGAGCUGCAGCUGGACAUGCGAGAGAAGCUGUGGCAGCUGGAUCACCACCGGGUGCUGCUGAGCGACGUGCAUGGCCAGGCGGAGCUGCUGGAGAGGCUUCUGGAGGAGGCCCUGGCCUUGUACAGCCGCACCGAGGACCCCAGCGUGGGCUCAGAGGCGCUGCAGGCGCUGCAGGAUGCCUACAAGCAGAUCCGGGAUAAGGCUGCGGAAAGGGUGGUGCUCUUACAGAAGAUUGUAAAAGACCACCAGACCUACGAAGGCCGCGGUCAGAAGUUUUUGGCUUGGUUGGCGUCCAAGACAGCGGAGCUGAAUGGCUGCAGUGAAGCUGAGGACCCUGAGAAGAAGCUCCAGGUCAUGCAGGACCUGUGGAAGAGCGUGUCAUGUGAGGAGGAGACCCUGCGGGAUUUGGAGUCCUUGGCAGAGGCCGUGAAGGCCCAGACAUCCCCGGCCGGCGCUGAGGCCAUCACCAAGGAGGUGGAGCAUCUGCGAGAUGCCUGGGAGAAGCUGAUGCAGCGCCUCCUGCUGGAGCAGGAGAGAUUGCAGGCCUCGCAGCGCUCGAUUGCAGACCAUGAGGCUCGAGUUGAGCAGCUCCGGGCCGAUGUGGCACAGCUCCGUAGGGUGCUGCAGGCCCAGGGCCGGGAGCUGGAGGGCUCCGGAGGGGAGAGGACAGAGGAGCAGUUGGUGGCAGCGUGGAGAAAGUACACGAAGGUGCAUGCUGCCCUGGUGAUGGAGGACCCUGCCGUGGAGAGGAUGAAGGCCAGGCUCAAGGAGCUCUUCCACUUCUCACAGGGAAACACGGGGCCCCUUUCCGACGAUGUAGUGGCCAUGAUCAAGGAGUACCAGGGGGUUAAAAGUCGUGCGUUCCAGUUGUCGACGGAGGCGGAGACAGAUCUCCAGAAAGUUCUGCGAGACCCACUUCGAGGUUACAAGCAGUGGACCACCCUGGCAAGCGAAGUGUUGCGGUCAUCAGAAGAGACGUCAGAGUUUUCACACCUCGCACUUCUGGUUCAGAAAAUGGAGAAGCUGCUCAAGCACAGCCUUCAGCUACAGGAGCGUUUGAGCCUGCUGCAGGUGAAGGGCGACCUGCUGAGCAGCGUGUUUGGCCCAGACAAGGCCGAGGACAUUCUGACAGAGCUCAGCGCCGCAAUGAAGGAGAGAGAACAGUUGCACAGCCAGCUGGCUCAGAAGAAGCGCCACCUGCAGGAUUUGUUGCAGAGAUCAAAUGGCUUCGGAGAGGCGUAUAACUCUAUUUCUAAACAACUGGACCAAAUAAAAGAGAGACUAAAUGCAGCAGAUGGACUGCAGCCUGAUAUAUUGGCCAAGAAAAGCCAGUUUGACCAAUUUGUGAUAAUGAAGAAGGACUUGGAGGACUGUGAAGCACAUGUCACAGCUCUGGAGACUCUGGUGUCCAGCCUUACAAACCGCCACAUGUUCGACCAACUCCAUGCGGAAUGGAGGGAGCUAUACAAAACUGUGAGGGUGAAGGUGAACGAGAGCGAGCGGGGCAUCGUGGAGCACGAGAACUUCCACGAGAGCCUGCUGACGGUGGAGAAGUGGUUGAUGAUCAUGAGGCAGAAGCUGGAGUCGUUCUGCGGCGCGGACGGCGAGUGGAGCGUGCAGAACCGCCGCACCGAGGCCGAGAGGGCGCUAGGGGAGUUUCCUGAGAAAGAACUUCAGCUGCACAAGACCGAAGCCCAGGGUCAGAUGGUGCUGUCCAGAACGUCAGAGGAAGGGAGGGUGCACAUUCUGAGGGACCUGCACCGCUUGCGGGAGUCAUGGCUGUCACUCCACACCCUCAGCCUCAACGUCUUCAGGUUGCUUAAUGGGGAAGGAGCAGGUGGUGUUAGAGAGGUCUCUCCACUGGGAGAGAUGGUGGGCAAGAUUGGGUCAGACAGAGACUCCAUCUUGACAGAAAGUGAACACACCAUCCAGGGGAAGAAAUCUGAGCUAGUGUCUGGGUGUGGCAUCAGGGAAGAGCGAUUUGAUGCAGGGUGGGACAGUCUGAGUAGAGCGAACUCAACUAGAAAACCUUUGGGUAAUUCAGAUGUAGAUCUUCAGCCGAAAGGGGGAAGGUCAGGGAUCCAGUGUGAGGAGCCUGAUGGAAUAGAUCUCAGGAUGGAUCAUGGAUCUAGUGGAAAAGGAUUACAUCAGGUAGAGGAUAUGGUUGAGAAAACACCCAAAACUAUGGUGGUAGCUGGAGCAGGUGGGAAAUCUGGUGGUUUUGUAGUUGAAAAGAGUUUUGACUCUAGCAUCAAGGCUGAGAAAAGUGUGGUAGGUACUAGUUUUUGGGUUGAGGCAUCAAGUGACUCAGAUGCUGGCAAGAAGCAUCCAAAAGGAGGCGGUCAGCGAAGAGCCGAAGACUCAAAGCAGCGAGGAGCCUCAGACUAUGAAAGCUGGAGGGGAGCCGGGCUCGACGUGGGGGACCCCCCCAGUGGACGUGGUCAAGAUGCUUAUGGAAAAUACGCAGAAGGAAGUCAUGCGUGGAGUAAAUGGCAGAACAAAGGGGGAGAUAUGUACGCUGUUGAUAAAACCCCCAAGCAGAGGUCUGGUGGAGAAACUGGUGCAGCAGAUGAGUCGUCUGGCGAGAGAAGACGAACCCCUAAGGAUGGAUCAGUUCAUCGCAGACUGAUACCUGACCCUGAAUUCCAGGGUGAUACUAAACUUCUAAGGGAGUUUGAGGUAUGGCUGAAGGCCGAGAAUAACAAACUCUCCAGGAUUCGGGGACAGAAAGGGCAGGGAAAUGCUGCUGAGCGGAAGGAGAGGGAACAGACACUAAAAGACCUGCGUUCCCGUGUGGGAUGGGGCCAGAACCAGCUCCAGAAGCUGCUCGCGUUGUGGGGGGUGGGGGCGGUGACGGCUCAAGCGGAGGACCUGGAGGAGCUGAGGUACCGUUGGAUGCUUUACAAGUCCAAGCUGAAGGAUGCAGGAGACCUAAAUGCCCCCCUACAGCCCACGGAUGCAAGAGUCCUACGAGAGGAGAGUGUAAUUAUGAGAAAGAAGCGCUCCAGGUUCCUGUCACGCGUUUGCUGGGUGGCACUGCCCCUCCAGCUGCUGCUGCUGGGCCUGCUCCUGCUCGCCUUCCUGCUCCCGCUGACGGACGAGGGCGCCAGCUGCUCCCUGGCCAACAACUUCGCCCGCUCUUUCAGCAUCAUGCUGCGCUACCACGGGCCGCCGCCCACCUGAGAGGCACCCAAAGAAACCAUCAGAUUUCCACAAAUUACAAAGUACAAAUGCAUGUUUAGGCUCCUUCGCUUAGCACUCGGAGAAUCCCCUUCAGUAAUUUUUCUUUUUUAAACUUGAACAUCAGUACAAAGUGAAGGAUCAUGUAAAAUUAUUUUUCUUAGCUGUCGUAUUCCAGGGUGUUUCUGUCUGUUAUAACAAUAACAAUAAUAAUAAUAAUAAUAAUAAUAAUAUGAUAUAUUUAAUGUUGGUAUCUGCAGCGAAUCAAGACUGACUGUGUGGUUCAUCCAUCAAGACAUUUAGUCUCUGUUUAUUAAAACUGUUACUUUUUUAUCUCAAUGGAAGGAAUUCCAGUGCACUGCUAUUGCUAUGCUUUAUUAUAUGCAGUGUAACUGUACUGCGUUUGAAGGUGUAACCCUCAGUAUAGCUGUAUACAUCCAGUCCAGUGUGUAAAAGAUUAUCUUUUCCCCCCUUAGUGUCCAUAAAGGUACUGCAGAAUUUGGAAAGGUAAAGAAAUGACCUAUAAUCCAAAGGCAGUUAAUCUGCAAUAUGCAAUAUUAAACAUGAGGUAUGUUUUUUAUUGGAAGAAGUAACCCUUAUGUAUGUGGUGCAUUAAGUGUACAUGGAUGCUGCUGAUACCUCUUACCAGCUUAAUGACUUCGCACAUUUAAAUGCAAUAUACUUUGCGUAGAGACAAUAUACUGUGUGGUUAGGGGGUUUAAAAGAUGAAUGCAGCUUGAAUGUGUAAAUAUAAUGCAACUGACCUACAUUGGUACUGUGUUAAAACUAUUUAAAACACCCUCACCUGUACCUGCAAAUGCAUUUUGGACAAUACUGUGUAUUAGAUGCUACCAAAAAAGGUUUGGCUUAGGCUUAGAGAGAUUUGGCCUGUUUGUGGAACAUUUUCAUUCAUGAUCAAGCACGAGAGCAUCAUAGUGGCCUUUUGAUCUUCUUGCUGCUUUACCACUUGCUUAAACGGUAUUUCUGCUCUGGCUGGAAAAUUUCAAAGGUAAUCUACCAAUUCAACUUCACACCGCAUCUGGCCAUUUUUCAGGGCAUUGUCACUGUAAGUGGUCUCCUGGAGCUCUGCUCAUUGACACUAGGCCGUGAUCGAUGUAGACCACGCAUGUCCGCCAAGGUCUUAAGGCUGUGUCCGUCUGAUUGAUGUCCUUAUAAAUCUACGGUCAUCCGGAAUAUUCGCACCAAAUAAAGAUUUGGCCUGGUCAUUAUCGGAGCUAGUAUGUGAGAGUAAUGGUAAAGUAGGGCAUGGUUAUUAUUCCAUAUGACGAAUGUAGCUUUUGUCUGUAGCCAAAACCACUGCAAUGCCUUCAACCUGUUGGAAUAUUACCCAUUUCAGACUGUAACAGACCCACAUUGAUUAAUAGUGCUGUUUAGGUUUACAUACAUCUGUUUUGAGAAGUUAUCUUAUAGAACUGCGGAUGCUUUAUAUUUAAUCAUGGCUUUAAAAAAAAUACAGCGGUGACCCUCACAUACUGCAUGAUAUGGAAUAGAAUUUGCAUGUAGAGGUUUAUUUUCCUGAAUUCAAACACCCGGGCCCUGGGUGUAAUAUUUUGUACAGAAAUGUCAUGAAGCUUUUUGAGAUGCAGAAUAUAUUAAUAAGGAAACUGCUACUAUGUUCAGGCUGGUUCAGAGAUGCAAAGCUUUUGUAAUAUGUUACAACCUAUUUUACUGAUGGGAAAAAAAAAAAACUCAUAUUUUUGAAAAUAUAUUAGCAGGACCUGUAUGUAGCCAGUAUUUUUCUACAGUACUCAUAAACAAUAAAUAUGCAAUUAUAUGUGAA